AUGGAAUUUGCACUUCCACAACUUAAAAAAAAUUUAAAAGAACACAACAACAAUAGAAAAGAAAUUAAGAUAAAGAGUUCAGAAUACAAUAAGAGGCAAAUUAUAGCUAAGCAAGUUGACAAUACAAAUAAAAUUAAAUUAGAACCAGUUUUUAUAGAAGUACAACCAACAUUUACUAUUAACACACCCUAA